CGAAACGGACUUAUCAACCAACUUGGUUUAUCCCUUCACUUUACCUCUGCCAAUUUCAUUUUUCACCAUUUCUUCUUCUUGAACUUAUUCUUUUCUUUCAUCAAAAACCCAAAAAAACAACUCUUUGUUCCACCCCCAUAUUUCGUCCCCCUCAUUUCCUCUUCACCAUCCCAUAAUUCCAUAUUCAAAUAGAAACUUGAAUAUACCCCGGGUCUCGGGUCAGUUUCCUCUCUCGCCACCAUGAUUGUCUCUGAUUCUGAUUCAGCUUCCGCAUCGUCCAAUUCUCGUCAUGCCGAUCAAUCGGCCUCUGGCCGUGACCCAAGCCAGACUCAAUCGUCCCGUUCGUCCCUGCCCGCUAUGCCCAGCCAAAAGCUACGCCGAUUGAGGAAGCAAUUUCCUUCUUCGACCCCAGUAUGGGGGGGCUCAAGGGUUAGGCUGGACGAGAGCAUCAUGGCAUUGUGCCAUUGCCAAGUUACUGACCGGGGGUUCGCCGAUGCCACUGAUAUGGUGGGACCCUCUAUUGAGGUUCUAAGGCCUACUAGCACCCAGACCGCCCUAGACGCUCCGUCGGGGUUCUUUACAGUCCAUUUGGCGUCCCUGAAGAAGGGGUUGCGAUUUCCUCUCCACCCCUUGUUGAUUGAAUUCCUUAAUGAGGUGGACCUCCUCCCCUGUCACUUGGUUCCCAAUUCCCACCGGUACAUUGCCGGUUAUCUAAUUAGAUGCAAGGAUAUAGGGGUGAAACCUACUCUUGACCACUUCCUGUUCACUUUCAAGCUGACCAAGGGUCACAAGGAUUGGGCGUCCUAUGCCAGUCUUUCCCAAAGGUUUAGCAAACUGUUUACUAGCGACAAGAAGGGGUCGACCAAAGACUGGAAACCCUUCUUCGUCUUUGUCUCGACGGGGCCCGAAUCUCCUUUCACGGGUUCAGGGCUCCCUUCUUUCCGUCGCAUCCCUUGUCCCCCAUCUGACGCCACCCUCUUGUCCAUGACCCACCAACUCUGCGGCCGAGGGGCUGUCAAUAUUAAGGAGGUGGUAACCGAGCAGUCUCUUGCCAAGAUGGGGUUUGAGUUUGUCCAAGACGAACUUCGUCACCAACCUGAGCUGUUGAGGGAUGUUCCCGGGGGCGGUCAACCCAACCAGCCAAGGGGCACUCCUGAGGGAGGUCUUGAUUGUGGUCCUUUUGUUGAGUUACAGGAUCUAGAAGAAGAGAUGGACAGCGAUCUCCUGCUCAGUCGCUUCACGGCAGGGAGGAAGAGGAAAAGAGAGGCGAGGGGCCAAGGCAAGCGCUCUUCCUCCCACCGAGGGGAUAGUCCUUCUCAAGAGCCGGAUGUAAUCGUGGUGGAGGACCAGGAUGAUGCGGCCCUAGAAACGGGUACAAAUGCGGUUCAUUCCCCUCUGCACUCUCUGAUGCCAGGUGGCGACCCCAAGGCUACGCUGGGGAUGAUUGAGGUUGUCAGCAGGAAGCGGGGCCGCCAAGCUGCUUUGGAUGAGGCGAUGAAGGCAGCGGAAGCCAAGCAGAAGGAGUUACAGGAGGAGGUCGCCCGUCUUAUGAGGGAGUUGGAGGAGAAGGAGAGCCGAUGCGCUGCUCUUGAGGCAGAGAAAGCCUCCCAACAGGACCGUUGCGUUGCUCUUGAGGCAGGUAAAGCCUCCUUGUCUUUGGAGGUGGAAUCUGUUUCCGCUCGCGUGGUCGAGUUGGAGGGGGAGAAGACUGACCUGAUCUAGCAGCUGGAGUUGGAGAGGAGCGACUGGGCCUGCCAUGUGGAGGACGCGAUCGAGUCUUUUAAGUCCUCUCCUGACUUUACGCUGGUCGCUCUGGAGCGAAUGGACAGGCUGGCAGCCGAGUGGCUCAAAACUGAACCCGGGGCUCAAUGGAUGGUCAAGGAGGGGGGCUAGACCCCUACGAAUUCUAACGACUGGGGGGCUAGACCCCUACGAAUUCUAACGACUCGGGGGCUAGACCCCUA